CCUGGAAGACGAGUUUUAGACCACCAGUUACCAAUUGUCGGCUCCGGUCACCCGACACGCAAAAUAUAUUACACGAGUUCGUCUAGUUUAUCGGUUAACUUUCGGUUUCGGCAUUUCCCUACGUUGGUCUUCGUUUCCAGUUUAAUUUUUUUUUCUCUUCUCCGUUCAGUGCGACGGUAUUUUCGUUGUGAUUUUAUCUGUUGUGCGUUCAUACCGACACGCAGCAUUUCGUUUAUGUUAUUGGAUUAAAAUCUGGAUUAAAAUUGAGAGAUGUGUUAGACGGGGAACGCACCGUACACUCACACACACCGCGGGCGCAAGGUACCAUGGACCAGCAAAACGCGACACGCGCAGCGGCGGACGACGCAGCCGCCAUGCGGCGCAAGUCGUUGGGCCGGCUCGGCGACAUGUCGGUGACGUGGGACGCUGACCCGCAAGGCAACCGCAAGUACUCGCGCAACGAUGACAUGGAACCGUGCUGUCCGAGUAGCGUUGUCGCUAGCGGCGGCGGCCGGGAGUCCAACGAGACAAGACGGUCGUUGACGGACGGUAUGGUGAGCGUGGACCUGACGAGCAAGCAGCAGCCGAGCAUGUCGACGAUGGAGAUGGAGAGCAUCAAGGAACGGGAAAGGACGUCUAUGUUGAGGAAGUGUGCGCAACACCUGGAACUGGAAAGCGUCAACGGGAAGUACACCCGGGAGAACUUCAAGCGCGGCAUACUGAACAAGGAAGUAUUGUCCAUACUGUUUCAACUGUUCGACAAAGAUAACGAAAAAGUGCUCAGACAGGAGCAAUGGAUACAGUCGCUGAAAGAGAGACUGCUGGAAGAAAAGCAAGGAGACUUGGCAGAACAGUUAGAAAGCGUGGCUUACGUGCUGUGUGGCGAUCAACCAAUAGUCUUACAAAAAUUUUAUCAAAUAUUCCAAGCAAAAGGCAUUGUCGAAAAAUUAUUUCGUCUCAUUGACAAAGAUUCAGACGGAAUUAUCACGCCUUCACAAGCAAUGGAUUUAAUUACUACAAUUACAUACUCUUCCGGAAUGAAAUCAGGGUUUGACAGUGAAAAUCUGAUGUGGCUAGAACAGUUAUUUAGACAGACUGUUGGAGAUGAAAUGGAAAUCAAACGAGAUGACUUCAAUAAGAUUUUAAUAACUAAAAAUCCAUUCUUCACUGAACGCGUAUUUCAAAUAUUCGAUAGAGAUAACUCUGGAUCGAUAUCAUUACACGAGUUCCUUGAUGCAAUGCACCAAUUUGCAGGACAAACACCAGACGACAAAAUUCGAUUUUUGUUCAAAGUCUAUGACUUGGAUGGCGACGGUCUUAUACAGCAUCGAGAAUUGCAACACGUGAUGCGAGCGUGCAUGGAAGAAAACGGAAUGCAGUUUUCGGAAGACCAAGUGGAAGACUUGACCAUGGCGUUGUUCGAAGACGCUGACAGCGAAUCGAGAGGCGCCAUAACGUACGAAGCGCUCAAAAACCAAUUGCAAAAACACAACGGGUUGUUGGAAAACCUAUCGAUAAGCAUAGACCGCUGGUUAGUACCACCAAAACCAAAACAACCGCCAGCAUCUGCGUGGGGAAAAUUUAAAUCACUGCGACCGUAUCAGCUGACAUUACCGUACAUGCGAAACAAUUAUGUCUAUUUAAUAUUUUUGGCCGUUUAUGUGCUCGUCAACGUACUACUAUUUGGUUUUAGGAUUUACACAUACCGCAACUCUAAUAUGUAUACGAUUCUUGCUAGGGCUUGUGGCCAGUGUUUAAACUUCAACUGUACAUUUGUUUUGGUUCUUAUGUUAAGACAUUGUAUUACGUUCCUCAGAACUCGUGGACUUUCAUUGUUUUUGCCUUUAGAUCAACACAUAUACUUUCAUAAAAUCACAGGAUUUUUCAUAUUCGGUUAUAGUAUUCUCCACACAUGCAUGCAUCUGUUGAAUUUCAGUACCGUUAUAUUUUAUGACCCAAACUUAAACUACGAAGGAUUCUCUGUGUCCGAAUGGCUCUUCACUACCGACCCGGAACUUUUUGGACUCAUACCUGGAUAUGCUAAUCCCACAGGCGUAUUGCUCAUCAUUAUUCUGUUUGUGAUGUUUAUUUGCUCGCAGCCAUUCGUUCGUAGAGGAGGAUGCUUCGAGAUAUUUUAUUGGACUCAUUUACUUUACGUGCCUUUUUACUUAUUGUUAAUUCUUCACUGCCCAAACUUUUGGAAAUGGUUGAUAAUUCCGGGCCUUUUAUACUUAUGUGAACGUUUUUACCGCUUUUCGUUGAUGCGAUCUGAACACGGAAAAACUUACAUUAGCUCUGGUCUACUUUUACCGUCUAAAGUCACCCAUUUAGUGAUAAAAAGACCACCACAUUUUGAUUUCCAUCCUGGUGAUUAUGUAUUCGUGAAUAUACCAGCAAUAGCCAAGUACGAAUGGCAUCCAUUUACAAUUAGUAGUGCUCCGGAACAAGAAGAUUACAUGUGGUUACAUAUUCGCGGAGUUGGAGAGUGGACAAAUCGAUUGUAUUCAUAUUUCGAAGAAGAACAACAUAAAUUACACUUACUCGAUGAAGAACUGCCUGAAACGGUUAAUAGUAAAUCUUCCUCCGUGGAUACAAUGGAAUCAUCAAAAAUGAAAAAACUCCAAACAUCUCUACAGAGAACAUUUUCGGGAAGAACUGUGGAAGAACCCACCAAAGGAAAAUACAAGAAAGAUUUCAGUUAUACUAAUCAGAGUUUUAGUAGUUUGCCGGAAGACUUUCAUAUUAGAGGUUCCGAAAGUGAUAUCACUUCUGGAAAUUCAAAAUCUGCAAUGGAUGCAAGGAAAUCAGUCAAGAAAGCACCCAACACUAAUCUCCAUAAACUCGUUUUGAUUAACAAAGCUCCACUGUCAAAAUCACUGUCGAUGCCUGAUAUGGAAAACCGGAUAAAAAAAAGAGAGCGUCUUUUAGCCUUACGAACUUAUAUGAGAUCAGAAUCCGAAAAGAGUUUUGACGAGUGUCAAAUGAAGAGAGCAAGACUCCAAUCCUUAGGCCUGGCAUAUUUAAGUCCUCAAAAUAAAUCAUUGGCUCAAAGUUUCCGGUACAUGAGACACAAGCCAACUAUAAUUGCAUUCAAAACACCAAGCUUAGAACACUGUGAAGCUAAAGUCUCGUCGUACAGCAUCACAAUCGAAACUGCAUCUAAUAUCGGUAGCAUGGAGUUUGUAACUAACGAGAGCAAAUCGAAAGAAAGAUCGAACGAAGUCAAUAGUAGUCAGUCGCCCAUAAAUUAUCCCGUUGGCAAACCACUAGAAAUAUAUUUGGUUGGCCCGUACGGCGCACCGUCCAGUCACAUAUUCAGAGCCCAACAUGCAGUGAUGAUAGCUACGGGUAUUGGCGUAACGCCGUUCGCAUCUAUAUUGCAAUCAAUCAUGCACCGAUACUGGAAAGCUCGUCAUACGUGCCCGAAGUGUAAAUACACUUGGGCAAGUGAAAUACCACCUACGGUGAUGCAUCUUAGAAAAGUGGAUUUCUUUUGGAUCAACCGGGACCAAAGGUCAUUCGAAUGGUUCGUAAAUUUACUGUCACAACUUGAAAUCGAACAAGCUGAGCUCGGUGGGGCCAUGGAAAGGUUCCUGGAGAUGCACAUGUACAUAACAUCGGCAUUACAAAAGACCGAUAUGAAGGCCGUUGGACUCCAAUUAGCUUUAGAUUUGCUACACGAAAAGGAAAAAAGAGAUUUCAUCACGGGCUUGAAGACUAGAACCAACGCAGGCAGGCCAAACUGGGACAAGGUUUUCAAACAAUUAUUAGACCAGAAAAAAGGAAAAAUCACAGUGUUUUACUGCGGCCCACCACAACUCGGCAGACUUCUUAGAGUUAAAUGUGAUCAAUUCGGAUUUGAUUUCCGAAAAGAAGUUUUCUAG